AAAGAAGAAGUGGAAAACGAAAUUUGGGGGUGGGGGGCUGUGGAAUCUGAUCAGAGACCCAAAUAGAAAUAGAGAGACACCCUCUUUUCCUUUACAUUUUCCUCCUCCUCCCUUUCUGUGCCAAAACAGAGCAAAGCUCCCGUCUUUCCUCCUUGCCAAUUCGCUUUCGCCUUCUGGGUCGUCCUCCUUGGCCUUGUUCAUGUACUUUUUCUUGCUCUGCUAUUGGAUGUACGCCCCGGUUUUCCAGGACUCUGCAGAUCUGCUUCUGGCUUGCAUAUGCAUGCAAACAGACCGUGUAUGGAUGGUUAGCUUGAGUUUGUUCGUGCACGUUGGAAGCUGGAUUUUUCUUUUUGGGGGCCAAAUUGAUCUUUAUAAAGAUGAUUCAAUGAAGAAUGUAUCAACACAAAGGUGGCGCUAGUUCAAGUUUAGUUCCUGGCAACACAAUGGUUCAUGGUCAACAUUUAGACAGUGGUGCUAACACAAUGGACUCCAUCGGUGGAGGGAACAAUCACAGUAACAAUGCCAAUCUCGCAUCCAAGCAGCGGUUACGGUGGACACAUGACCUUCACGAUCGCUUUGUUGAUGCUGUGGCACAACUUGGGGGGCCAGAUAGGGCUACACCUAAAGGUGUUCUUAGAGUUAUGGGUGUGCAAGGUCUAACAAUAUACCAUGUUAAAAGUCAUUUACAGAAAUAUCGACUUGCAAAAUAUCUGCCUGACUCCUCCUCUGACGGUAAAAAAGCUGAGAAAAAAGAAUCGGCGGAUGUGCUCUCCGACAUGGAUGGUUCCUCAGGUGGGAUGCAGAUCACUGAAGCUCUCAAACUGCAAAUGGAGGUGCAAAAGCGCUUACAUGAACAGUUGGAGGUGCAGAGACAGCUGCAGCUGCGGAUAGAAGCACAAGGCAAGUACUUGAAGAAGAUAAUUGAAGAGCAACAGAGACUUAGUGGAGCACUCGCAGAUGGGUCAGCAGAUGAAUCGGGUGAUAAGGGCCAAGAAGACAGCAAGACUGAUCCACCUACCCCAGCUCCUAUCUCGGAGUCACCCAUCCAAGAUAAGUCUAAGGACUGUGCCGUAGCGAAGAGCCUCUCACUUGAUGGAUCGCUCUCAUCUCAUAAUCAUGAACCAUUGACCCCUGAUUCCGGUUGCAAUGUCAGUUCGCCAGCCGAAAGCCCUGAUGGCGAGAGGUCAGCCAAAAAGCCACGGGUGACUGCUGGUGCUUCGCAUGCUAAACCUGAGAUCGUGCUACACCCGAUAUUCGAAUCAAGCUUGGGUUGCUCCUACACAAACCCUCAUUCAAACUACCUGACCAGGGAUCUGUUUGAUUCCCAGCAAGAAGAUAAAACUAGACUGGUCAAACUGGGAUUAGCCUUGGCAGAUAUACUGUAACAUCUUGUACUGCUUGGUGUAACAACUUGCGUACUAGUUUGUUUCAACUUGCAUGUGUAGCUUGUCAGGAGAAAGUGAACUAUUUAACUUGGUAAGUAUUAUAUAGGUAGCUUAGACGUCAUUGUAUAUGUUGAUGCAUCCUUUGAUGCUUAGCUCAAACUUGUGAGGAUAUGGCAUUUUCUGGGCAGGUGGUAUUGAAGGAGUAUGUGUACUUGUUGCGUA